UCGGAGAUCCCCGUUGACCGUUGCACAAUAUCCUUGUUUGGCCGCGCGCAAGCGCGCUGAGCGUCUUGUCUGCAGGAGCGUCGCGCGCUUGCCGCGGAUUUGAGCAGCAGCAGCUUUAAUGUGUAGAGCGUGAACACAGACGGGGGUGUGGUUUAUAUCAAUAACCACACAAGCUUACAAUAAAAUCAAAAUACUGCAAACCAGUCCGACUGCAGAGAGGCGUUGUCCAUGAGGUCAGAAGCAGGUCGGUUUUCUGAAAUAUAUUCUUCAGAAGAGGUUUCUCGUGCUUUAUUGCAAUAAUGAAUAUUUGUGGACGGCGAUUCUCCAGUCGAGGCUUUCAGGCGCAUACAGUUGAUCGAUGAUGAUGAUGACGAAGAGAAGGAGAAAGAGAAGUUCUUAAUGAACUGCCAUUUCACUGUAAAAUAUGGGGUGGAUUAUACAGAUGGUCAUUUUCAUGAGUGGUUAAGUGAGCUGGAUUUGGAAAAACUCAAACGAACCUCAUUAACGAACCUCAUAGACUCCCUGCAGCGCGGUGUAUUUAGAUCUCUUACAUAAGGGCGCUUUGUGUGAAACUGCAGGCGAACUGAAAUUCGGCCGUUCAACGCGUAAGUACUGGAGCAAUGUGUUGAUUAAUGUAUAAUAGAAUAGCAUAUUCAAUAAUAUAAUUUCAAAGAUAAAUCAUCUUUCUUUCGCCUAAAGACUACCUCUCAUCUUUUUGUUUUUCCUUUUCGGAAUCUAUUUAACUUCUGUCCGCUUUACAUUUGUUUAUCAAAGCCAUUAAACAGUCUUUAGUUAGUAAUGACAGCACAUUAACGGUUGGUACGAGAAAACCUCUCGCUCUCGUUAAGAUUUAAUCUGUUAAGCUGUUAGUUGGUUUGCGAGUACUGCGCAUGCUCAUUAGAGAGAGCUUUUAAAUAGAGCUUUUCUGUUUUGUGAGGGCUAUCUGCACAGCAAGUCAUUCUGCCAUGUACACGAUGUAUGUUUUCUUAGUGUCCAAAGUUGCUCUUUUUUUUUUUUUUUUUUUUUUAAAGCAUCACUCUAUGUUAGUGGAUAUAACUUCAGUUGAUCACCUGUUAGACAGAGAGGUGGACCCAGGGCUGAGAACACCGGGCAAACAGGACAUCUCUCUUGACAUCGAAGAGAUUCUUUCUUGCUUACAUGGAUGAAUUGUAGCCUGAUGGAACCAAGAAUAUAUAAAGACAAAAGCUCAAUCUUGUGCUGGGACAUUUCAAGCAAUGCUGGAUUUGAAAGAGCACUUACCCAAUAAUUAACAUCUGCCAGUCAUUCCUGGGCCUCAGUGUGAUUAAUUUAGCACUACUGUCAGCAAAGAAGGAACGUUUCUGACAAAUUAAGUUUCUGAAAGCACUGAGCGGCAUAUGAUGAACAACUCUCUGCAAGACAGAAACAUGUUCACAGUACAAGCUGACGUUAUAUUUCAUGCCGCAAACCCUGACUCUCCAGAACCAUCUAUCCCUAUUGAAGGGAACAACAAUGUCCCCAGCAUGGAAAUGCUGCAGGAUCUCCAGGGUGCUUGGGAUACGUCAGAAACGGGAGGUCUGACUGACAGCAGAAGUUUGGGACCCUAUGGUGCUGUAACAGGUGCAGAAUACGCACAAGAUGCUGUCUCUAGUGACAGUGGAUUUCAGGAGCAUAUUCAGCCCCUGGACUCAUCUAGAGCACAAAAUCUGAACAUCGGUGUGAGUGAAACUUCAGGUCAAGGGAAUAUUAAGGAAGAAACAAAUGGAACAAAGGUAGCUUGCAGUCUGGGACCCUCUCUGUUUAUACCGGAGAACAAGGAGGAAAUAAACAAAUCAUCCAAUGUCCUCAGAGAAGGUGAGGUUGUUCAGAGCCAGUUUGAAAUUAAAAAUGUCUCCUCCGUAUCAGAGGACACAAAUCAUUCCUAUUCAGGCUCCCAGGAAACCAGGUCACUUGAGCAAAGGCUGGGCUACUUUAUAAGUUCCUCUAAAGGAGCCGAUCAGACUCACUACAGAACAUUGCAUGGACAGACUGGGUUGGAAUCAAGCCAAGGGCUAAAGCACAGUGGAUCUGUUGUAAGGGAGGCUCUCUCUGUGAAAAAAGAGCCGGAUUUAGUCAUAGAAGUGGGCGGACAGAAAAUUCAAGCACACAAGUCAGUAUUAGCUGAGAAAAGUGAUUAUUUUAAAGCCAGGCUUUCUCGAGACAUACUAAAGGUAAAAGGAAUGAGCUACAAGACCUUAUCUGUGCUUGUAGACUAUGUUUACUCUUCUCAGAUGAAUGUAACUAAAGACAAUGUUGUGGAUGUCAUCACAGGGGCAAAGAUUCUGCAAAUGCCCUGUGCGGUACAGGCUGCUAUCGACACCAUAUCCACACAGGUCACUCCGGAAAACUGCUAUGAAAUUCUAACGAUUGCCAAAAAGCAACGAUUAAAUGAACUUAAAGAAAUAGCUUAUCGAUUCAUGAGCGACAACUUCCUCCACGUUCUGAGAGACCCGGCAGUUUACGGGCGUCUUACAGGGUCAGAGAGAGAUUUGAUCCUGCGCAAACGGAUGGAGAGCCGCAAAUGUCUGAUGGUGGCAGAAGUUAACGAUGUUUUUGAGCGAGUGGGAAGUCGACCACCCAGCAGAAACAGCAGCCGUCCCCAGAGCCCCCUCUCCAUCACAUCCUUUGAGGACAAUCACAUGAUCUAUUACUACAACAAGAGCAGUAAGGACUGGCACACCCUGACCAUCAUGCCCGAUGACAUCAACACCAAGGGCUGUGGUAUCUGUACAAUGUACAACUACUUGUUUGUGGCUGGUGGGAUCAGAGGGAUUGGAGAGAAAAGCAAAGUCUUAGACAAAGUUUUCUGCUACAAUCCAAUCACAGAUCGCUGGAGUGAGGUCCGACCCAUGAACCAAGCAAGAUCGCAACUCAAACUCGUCUCCAUGGACGGAUACCUUUAUGCCAUUGGUGGUGAAUGUCUGUUUACGGUUGAGAAGUACGAUCCUCGCAUGGACCGCUGGACUGCAGUGGCUCCUCUGCCUAAAGGAGCAUUUGCAGUGGCUCAUGAAGCCACCACCUGUAACGGAGAACUGUACGUCUCGGGAGGGUCUCUGUUUUAUCGGCUGCUGAAAUAUGACCCCAAGAGAGAUGAAUGGCAGGAGUGUCCUUACAACAACAGUAGGAAAAAAUCCACUGACAUGGUGGCUCUUAAGAGCUUUAUCUACCGGUUUGACGUUAACCGUGAACAGGGAAUCAGCGUCUUUAAAUACAACACCAUUGUAAAGAUGUGGCAUGAUUGUGCCUCCCAACAGCAGGGUUGCACACUACCGUUUCGAUGCGCCGUCAUCGAUAACUGCAUUUACUGUGUGAAUAAAUCUCAGACACUUCAGUUCAUAGUGGAGGAGGAUGGAGGUCGAUUCAAAGAAGAGACUCUGAAAGCACCUGUGGAGGCUAAAGGGAUCUUAUUCCCAUUCAUUCUCAGCUUGCCUGAGAGAGGUGGAAAAAUUGUGUGAGUUGGAUAUUUUAUCCUUUGGAUGACUCUUCAGAGUCAGUCCAGAGCUGGUGAAAGAGAAUGCCUGAUCAAUAUAUAUACAUUUUAGCUUUCCCAAAAUGUUCAAGGCACCUGCACAUAGUGCUUGAAACUGGAAUGUCUUUGCAUGGUUAGAAAAAGAUUUUAUGUGGUGCGCCUUAAUAUCAUAACUCCACUUUCCCUUUAGGGAGAUGAAGAAAUUAAUGCAUAUAGCUCAUUUGUGCAGUCUCUUUUUAGUUUUGUGCACUUUUUUUUAUCUGAUAGUAAUUGGGGUUGGACUUUGCCGCUGAAAUUAGCAAAAAAGAAAAAAUAUCCAUUUGCAAAAAAUGGCAAUGAAGAGCACAAAUGCACAACUGAAGCACAUGAUGAAAUAAUGUGACCCUGUGUCCUACCAACAGAUUCUAUGCAAACAGAUUUUGAUUUAAAUAAUAGAAAUAAUACAUUUUUGAACCAUAUUUAUAAGCCUACAAAAAUAGGAACAUUUAAUUGAAUUGUAGAGAAGGGGCCAAUAAACAAAUGGCAUUAAGCAGCUAAAGCCAUUACUUUAGCUGACAUUAGGGAAACAUUAAGAGCACAAAGCAGUUGACUUUAGUACCUGCUGCUGUUUCCAGCUACUCAAAUAUUACUGGAUUACCAGGUGUGUAUGGGAGAGAAAUUAUGUGAAGAGUGUACACAGCACACUCAGUAGUUUACCUCGGCGACCUUUUGGGAUAAGAUUUUGAUAGCACUUUUAUUAGGGAGAGUCCAGGAGGGUCUGAUCCUUUGAAAUCAUCUCUGAAUCAUUGCCAAAAUUUCUGACGUUGUGGGCACAUUCUCACAAGCAAUACAUCAUUUGAAGGCAAUAUGUAUCAAUCAUCAAUAUGUCUUAGGAUUUCUGAACAAAGCCUGCAAUUAAAGACUACACAUACAAUACAGUAAGUGAAAAAAACAUCCCUGAGAAAUACCUGCUCUCAUGGUAGAGACAUUUUGUUGUCCAUUUAGGAUGGAUGAAACCAUAACUAUCAAGAAAACAUUGAAAAACUAUGUAUUAUCACAUUCAUUCAUAUUGUGUCCAUAGCAUGUAAUAAGGCAUCAUAAUAUUAUUGCAGCUUUAUAACUUGGAUGUGGUGUUUUGUGCUGACCUGUGAUAAUUGGGAGUAUUUUACAGAGAUACAAUUCAGUUCACAUUUCCCCCAGACAUUUCUGAACAGACAUUUCUGGAGUAUUUGAGAUGAAGUCAUGAUAAUUUGAAAUGGAUUUUAAUAUGAGCAUGAACAUGAAUGCUUUACUGACUUUAUCUCUGAUGCUGUGCUUUAUUCACUUUAAACAAUGCUGAAAAUCACAUAUGACACCAUUCCAGUAAACAUCUCUGAGGUCACAGAUUAAUUUGAAAUUUGUAAUGGUUCCCUUUCUCUACAGUAUCUAAAUGGGAACUUAUUUUGUCCAACAAAGGUGAACUUUAAAAAAAGAAAAAAAAAAAAAACUUAAGUUGUGCCUGAUUGCCUCCUAUACCAAGAGGUUCCCAUUUCUUUCACAAGAGAUUAGGACGCUGCCAAAGUGUCUGUUAUGACUGAUCAUAUGGGUGUGUGGGUGGGGCGUUGCUUGCUGGAUUUGUUUGCUGAUGUGUACAAGGCUAAUGUGCUAUUGAAACAAAUGGCUUGAUGGCUUUACAUUUUAUGUGACUCUAUGUCAGUUUAACAUCUAACAAACUAAUGUUGCUGUUUACAAUAAAGGUUUUUGGGUUUCCCUUGGUCAUUCUA